AAUGUUUGCUUUAUCAAGAGGUAUCUUUUUAUUCACCAUAAUAAGCUUUUAAAUUUUAGCAACCAAUAUUUACUUUCUCUCAAUUUUAAUUGCUCAAAGGAAAGUAUGUUGUGCCACCAAAACCAAGAAAGUAGAGAAAUACAGUAACAUUUACAUUUAAUUUAAGGAUUUGACAAUUCAUUAACAAUAAUUAAAAGAGUGGUAAGAAAAUUAUGAGGUACCAAAAAGACCAAGUAUGAUCUCCGAAAAGAUUCAGUUUUAUGGAAAAAAGUUUCCAAAUUUGAAAACUAAGUGGGUUGAAUUAUUACAGCAAGUUAAGACUUUGCCUGCAGAAGAGUUAGCAAAGAAUGAGGAAAUAAUAAAAAAUUCGGCAGAAUAGAAGAGACAAAUCUUUGUAAAACGUAUGGAAGAAUAUCAAAACAACCACUUAGUCAGAUUAGGUAAUGUGACAGCUUAAAGUAAAUUUUUUUCAACUAUUCCAUCCACUGAUCUUAAGUCAAAUUGGGCAAAAUUUAAUGAAUUAUCAGAAGAUGAAAAAAAAAAAUAUCAACAAUUAGCUAAUGAAGAAAACUAAAAAAAAAAUGAAAAAUUGCAAAAGCUUGCUUCAAAAUUUGGAAUGUCACUUGAAGAAUUUAAAAAGGAAGUCCGUAGAAUAGCUAAAGAAAGCAGAAAAAAGAAAGAAGAAUCUUCUUCAUCAUCAUCCUCUGACGAUGAAAAGACAAAACAAAAUAAGAAAGAUUAACAGAAAUGAA